AUGUCAAAUGCAACUAAGUCUCUGACCAACACGACUGUUGGACGAGGCUUACUGGAGAGAGUGAUGUUCUCCACUCUGACCACAGCCCCCUGCUGCGUCUUCCUCUUCAUUAAUCUGACCAUGUUAUUCACCCUGAGGAGUAAACCGGUGUUUCGUGAGACGUCUCGUUACGUCCUCCUGUUUAACCUCCUUUUUGCAGAUACUACGCAGAUGGCACUGAGUCAGUUAAUGUACAUACUGGCUGCUUGCAGAAUUAGACUGACAUAUCCUGUCUGUGGACUUCUAGUCAUGCUGGCCAAUCUCACAAGUGAAAUCUCCCCUCUCACGCUGGUGUUGAUGUCUCUGGAGAGGUAUGUGGCUGUGUGCUACCCACUGAGGCACGCCACCAUCGUCACCAUCAGAAACACGGGGCUGGCUGUCCUCCUGGUCUGGGCUUUCAGUUCACUCAAUAUCCUCAUUCGAGUUGUGUUACUGUUAGACUUUCCAUUUUCAGAGCUGGAGAGCCUGCAGAUGAAAGAUUUUUGUAAUACACUUGUCAUGUUUCUUGGGACAGUAUCUGAUUUUUAUGACAAAGCCUACACCUGCUUCCUGUUUGUGUCAGCUGGUGUGGCAGUCACGUCCUCCUAUAUCGGCGUGAUGGUAGCAGCCAGGUCAGCCUCCACAGACAAAGCUUCAGCCCAGAAGGCUCGUAACACACUGCUGCUGCAUGUGGUGCAGCUGGGCCUCAGUCUCUCCUCCACCAUACACAACCCGAUGCUCAUCGCGGUCUCAAAGGUCCUGGACAGGUUCAUUAUUGUGCGCAUCCAGAUUGUUAUUUAUGUUUGUAUAAUCAUCUUGCCCAGAUGUCUGAGUUCUGUCAUCUACGGUCUCAGAGACCGGACCAUCAGACCCGUCCUCAGGUACCAUCUGUGCUGCCAGUGGAGACGCUCACCUUCAGUCUCAGACGAUCAAGGCUAA